CAUCAACAGACGUGCCAUGCGUGAUGACGACACUGGAAGGCCCAGGCACGGAGCGUAGCGUAACAUUCCAUUGAGAAGAAGAGGGAAAAAUGGCGUCCUCUAAUAAUCCUCGCAAAUUUAGCGAAAAAAUCGCUUUGCAUAACCAGAAACAGGCAGAAGAGACGGCUGCGUUUGAAGAAGUGAUGAAAGACUUGAACAUCACUAGAGCUGCACGGUUGCAGUUACAGAAGACCCAGUAUUUGCAACUAGGGCAGAAUCGUGGACAGUACUAUGGAGGCUCACUGCCCAAUGUCAAUCAGAUUGGAAAUGGCAACAUUGACCUGCCUUUUCAGAACUCUGUGCUGGAUACCAGUCGGACAACCAGGCACCACGGGCUCGUAGAGCGUGUUUACCGUGAUCGGAACCGCAUCACAUCUCCUCACCGCCGCCCACUUUCUGUUGACAAACAUGGUCGCCAAAUUGACAGCUGUCCUUACAGCUCAGUUUACCUCUCCCCACCACCAGACACUAGCUGGAGAAGGACAAAUUCAGACUCUGCCUUGCACCAGAGCGCCAUGAAUCCAAAGCCCCAGGAGGUGUUUUCAGGGGGAUCACAGGAGCUGCAGCCUAAAAGAGUGCUGCUGCUAACAGUACCUGGGACGGAGAAUUCUGAGUCAAAUGCUGACAAGGAUGCACAGAAACAAUUGUGGGAUGACAAGAAGGAUGAUGCAUCAAACCCUAAUGCAUGUGAUGUCCCAGGAAUCAAUAUAUUCCCUUCACCAGACCAGGAAUUGAACCCGUCUGUGCUCCCAGCUGCACACAACACUGGAGGUUCACUGCCUGAUCUGACUAACAUCCAGUUCCCUCCUCCGUUAUCCACUCCACUGGACCCCGAGGACACCGUGUCCUUCCCCUCCCUGAGCUCAGCCAACAGUACAGGCAGCUUGACCACCAACCUCACCCACCUGGGCAUCAGUGCUGCCAGCCACGGGAUACCCACCUCCUCUCAGUCUACUAUGACUGUAACAGCACAGCGUCGGCAGCUACCAGUAGUGCCACUCACCCUCACCUCAGACCUUCACCUUCAACAGUCCCCACAGCAGCUUUCACCCACCCUCUCUUCACCCGUUAAUAUUACACAGGUUGUGCCAACCGAGUCAUUAACCCUGGAACAGCAGCUUGCCCAGUACCCUCUGUUCAACCAACUGACAGCUCAGGCCCAAGCUCAGCUCCUCAGUGACCUCCAGAAGCAGCAGGCCCUGCCUCAAGGCAUCCAGCUCAUUGCUUUACCAACUCCAGUCUCCUCUGGUACAGCUACUGCCAGCAGCCCUUCUCCAGACAGCCAGACCACCGCCAGCAUGAGCAUCAGCUCGUACCGCAAUCAGACUGGCUCACCAGCCACUCAGUCUCCAACCUCCCCAGUCUCCAAUCAAGGCUUCUCCCCCGGAGGCUCGCCUCAACAUAUUCCUGUGGUGGGCAGCAUAUUUGGCGACUCCUUUUAUGAUCAGCAGUUGGCAUCCAGGCAGACCAAUGCUUUGUCUCACCAGCUUGAACAGUUCAACAUGAUUGAAGGUCCCAUCAGCUCAUCCAACCUUUAUAACCAGUGCUCCACCCUCAACUACACACAGGCAGCCAUGAUGGGUCUCACUGGGAGCAGCCUACAGGACUCGCAGCAGCUCAGCUACAGUAGCCAUGGCAACAUCCCCAACAUCAUCCUUACAGUCACAGGUGAGUCUCCACCAAGUCUCUCCAAAGAGCUGACCAACUCUCUGGCAGGUGUUGGAGACGUCAGCUUCGAUGCAGACUCUCAGUUUCCUUUGGAUGAGCUUAAAAUUGAUCCUCUCACCCUGGAUGGUCUGCACAUGCUCAAUGACCCUGACAUGGUGCUUGCUGACCCUGCCACCGAGGACACAUUUAGGAUGGACAGGCUGUAACCUGCAUACUGACUUUGGCCUGGAACAAAGAGGGGGAAAAAAACCUAACUUGUGAAUGGAGAGAAAUAAAGGGCAGGAUGAAACCUCUCCCUUGUUGCAUGGCUGUCCGACCUUACCCUCGACUUCGUGAAGCCCUUCGAAACGAUGCGCCACCAAAAGACAACAGGGACAAAGACAUCUGGUGGUCAGUGGGAGAAUGGGCUCGCCGUCGUUUUGAAUGAGAUUGGUCGUUCAGUGCUUUCGCUAGCCUACUGUGUUUACAGUGUUCCAUUACAUGCCACAUAUAUUCCAAAAACGCACAUUUGACAGUUUUUUUUUUUUUUUUUUUUCAUAUCCACUAUUUGUUCAGUUGAUAUUUGCUUGAAGCAGGAUGCUGCUAAGACACCAUACGUGUUGCUGCGGCUAUGUCUAAUAGAGGGAUAAAAAAAACAAAAAAACAAACAUAGCCGGUUUGCUUAUUACCCUGCAAUGAAAAGAAUAGGUUAUCCCAUCAUACCAUAACAGCUUUCUAUUUCACACUCAAAGCUUUAUUUUUGACAACCAAAUGUUAUUUUCAUCUUGUACCAUCUGUUUUUAUGCUUCUCGUAUUUAUACAUAAUUUAUUUGGUUAAAGAUUUUAUAUUCAAUGUCAUGACUUAAAUUUAAUGCCAAAUUGUAGUCUGUAGGUGUAGUGUAAAAUUGCACUGAUGUAAUUUGUCUAUUUAUUAAUUGCUAACAUAUUUAUAGAUGUUUGUCAAGUUACUUGGUUAAUGAAGGAGUGUAAAACCUCCCCAUAGUUGCUCUUUGGUGUUUGAUGUGCCAUUCUCUGAUGUUGACGUGCUGCAGCCCAACAGUCAAAUCCAGAUAUCACAGUGUUUAGCACCACCUCAGAAAAGCCUGUGUGCUCCGGAAAUGGGUUGGCUUUGUGCCACUGGAGUCAGCAUUUUCUGAGAAAAUCAUCAGGUAUUCCUAUUUAACUAGAACAAAAGAAAAAUGCAUCAAAAUUGAGACUGAUGUCCUUCCCAAAGAAGGAAGGCACUUUGUUUUUAAACCAGAAAACACUAAAAUCUGAAUCUUUUUAAGUCGUCACUGUGAAAUCACCUGAUUUUGCCUUACAGUAACAUUUUACUGUUCUACUUAAGUGUCUGAAGUGAUAACGUAUUUUCGUAACUUAUUGUAAAAUUUUCUUGUAUUUAAGAGGAAUUCUUGGUCAGUGAUAUUUGUGGUUAUGUUGUGUAAAGUUUGACAAAUCAACGUACUGUAUUUUGUAGCGGUACACUUUAUUACCAAAUUGGUUUUGUUUUUGUUUUUUUGUUUGUUUUUUUUUAAGUAGGGCAAAAGAAAAGAAAAAACAAAGAUGGUUUUAAGAAUUUGAGAAGGAGUGCAAUUAUGGGGAGGCUUUUUGCUCCUUGACAGGGAAUCUCUAACAAAAAUGCAGCUGACCUUUGACACAUCAGUUAUGAGUUAAUGAUUGAUGGAAAGGCAGUGGUAAUGCCUCCAAAGGUUGUUUUUCAGAUGCAAGCUAGAAAUUUUAUGAGAGUUUAUAAAGAAGUAUUUUAUAUCAUGUCUAUAUCCACCAUUUGGAUAAGAUCCAUAAAGGCUAACUAAAGGUUCUCCUUAGGAAAGAAUGCAAGUGUUUUGAUGUAUUAAGUAUUGUGUGCAGUGUUUCAGCAACACUAAAACCUGCCCUGUUCCAUGCAGUCUCAUAAGCAACACAUAUAAAACAGAAAGCAUUGGCAAAAAAUCCCUGACAUGAUCUUAUCGAUCCAAAAUUGUUUUUACACCCUAUUUACACCCUAAUGACUGUUUGCCAAAAUGUGUCCACUUUUUUAGAACUGACAUGAUUAGCAGAAACUCCACAUGCAGUGCCAAGAAGUCUGCCUCAUUCUUUUGUCAGAGUUUCCCUAAGAGGCUAGUGUAGGUGUGUGGGAUCAUUUUUGGUAUAUUGUAAUGUUUGUACGCACAUGUGCUAAUAUCUUCACUUAACUAAAGCUCUGAUGGGUAGACUGUCCAAACCCUCCACCCCUUCGUGAAAGGAAUCACGUUUGGAUUUUACCUUCACAGUUGGACAGUUUGUGUUCAUUGUCUGCUGUAAAGCUCCAUCAGUUUUGUUUGCCUUUAAUACACCUGUGAUUCCUAUGCAAAUAAGACCACAAAGAUAAGACCCUUAAAGGAAAAAUCCAACAUUUUCCCCAAGUUCAGCUGGAGUUAUUCUCAACAGUAAAGGUGUUCUUGGGUGCUGCAGAUGUUUGGUCAGCAUGAGCCCUUUUAAAUGGCACAGAUGUCAGUAGGAAUUCAAUAACUUUAAUUUUCAUCAUCUUUGUCCACCUUUAGUUUUACAGACCCCCAAAAUCUGAAAAGUGACACUUUUUAACAGUGUGGAGGUUAUCUUUGAGCACUUACAGGGCUCCACAAAGUAUUCGCAGCUAUAUUGUAUUUGAAAAUGUUAACGAAAUUCAUCUAUUGUAGCAAAAUGUAAACUAGAUUGAUUAUAUGAGUGAAGGAAAUUGAGUGCUAUGGUGGCGAUAUGACAAUCAACGAGUGAAAUCGUACCUUAAAUUAUUGAUGAAAAGGAAAAAAAGACUUUGGCAGAAGUAGAAAUUCAGCCUCAUUUUAGUAUUUUAGCCCUUUUGUAAACCAGUCAUCCUGCCUUUUCAUUUUUUAAAUACAUAUCCUGAACAUUUCAAAAACAUUUUCCCCUUUUAUAUAAAAAGGCAACUCUGUUUUUUUUCUAUUGAGUCAUUUCUUCAUGUUUUACAAAACUGCAGCGUUUUCUGUCCUAUCCUAAAACAGCAGAUGUUUAAAAAAAAAAAAAAGGCUCUGAAAUGUCACACUUUACCGGAACAAGAUUUUUUGUUGUUGUCUUAUAUAUGAUGUUGGAUUUUUCCUUUAAGUGUCUAAAGUAAAUGUCUAAGAAUUUUAUGUCUCCAAAGGGUCACAUACCUAAUAGAAAAAAUUAGCAAUGUUCAAACUUCACUCUUUGGUUGCAAAAGAUGCCAGUAAUUGGAUCGUUCCUGUCAUUUGCUUUCUCUCAUCCUGCUGAAGACUGAAGUCAUUCACACUGACUUUGUACAUACUAUAGCUAAAACAAAAUGCAUGACUAAACAGUCCAAACCUCUAAAUGAAGGCCUUCUAUAGCUCCGCAGGUUUGAUUUGUGUAACAUAACGCUAUCACAAAGUCUGAAGAGAUGCAUGUAUGGGUUUCUCCUGUGCAACAGUGAACUCCAGUGACUCUGUUAUGUCCACCUUUGUACAAUUCUACUUCAUGAAUGAUAAACGAAUGUAAUUUCUGUGGCAGUGUCCUAGUUUUAGCUUAUUGCCAAAUGAGCCGAUGUUUGGAGCGUUUGGUCCCGUCCCAGUGGGAUCAGGCUUGUUCUCGCUCAGCUCUUCAGUUGCCCUCGGUUCAGACUGUUGCUUGUUCCGCUCUCUCUUCCUACUGUAGCAUCUCUCUUCAUACGAGUGCCAACAGUCAAUCUGGCUCCUCCUCUCCAUCAGCACUAUCUGUUGGCUUUCUUGACUAAAUGAAAGGUCCUGUCUUGUAUAGGUUGCAGAUUGGCACGUGCACUGACCAUUUGCAUUUGUGGACCUCUGAAGCUUCUGCGUAAUGUAGUCGACUGCAUGACAUGAUGGACACAUUGAGCAGAUUCUUAUCCCAUGUUAUGUACAGGACUUUAAUCUUGCUAUGCUAAAGUGGAGUGUGUUUAAAGAUGGAUAUGUUUCUGCUUUUGUUGUUGUUGCCGAUCAUGUCGGGUUUUGGGCAGGGGAAAGUGUAACUUUUUGUUUUUUGUCCCCCCCCCCCCCCCCUUUUUUUUUUUUUGUGCAAUGUUAAGUUGACUAGUUGCUUCGCACUUUAUUUGUGACUCCCUGGCGUUUGAGCAGGGACAGUUCUGUCCAAAAUGAAUGCUGACUGUUUUACACCAGAGAUAUUUUGAUGUAUAAGAAAAGACUAAUUCUCUAUUUUCCUUUGUAAAUUAUACUUUGGCUUGUCUUUUUUUUCUGUUAAGAUUUUAGGGGAUGCAAAAUUAGAAAGGGCUUACUCCAGUGCAGCUUGUGCUCUAGUUUUGGAAAGAAACAGAGGGAGUCGCUCCUAUGUUGUGUUCCCCCACUUCUAUAUGGCACUUAGGAACCUUUUAUUAGGUUCCCUCCAUAUGUUCUAUAGAGGAGGGGGAGCUGAAAAACAUGCCCUCCUCCACCCCAACCUCUGUAUUCUGUUAGCAUGAGAUGUUAUGUGAUAACUCAUCAGUGCUAAAAUGAUAAAACAGAAGAGGCCAACUAAUAACCCACAACAUGACCUGGGGUGUUAUUACUACAGUUUUAACUGGAUAAUAUUCUUAAUAUCUUUUAUUUUAAAUCGGUCUGCUUUGACCAAAACACAAUAUACAAUUUCACGGGUAUGAACAGGAUAUUGAACUGGGGGACUUUGGAUGCUGGGAAACAAGAUAUGUUCCUGAAAAACUUCGAAUGUAUUUCUAUUCUGCCCCUCAACCUCAAUUGAAAGUUUUGCAGUGACACAUAUUGAACUUAGUUGUUAUCUGCAACCACAUAAAUACUGAAAUGAAGCAGUUUGUGUCUUUAACUACACACACUGGUGCUAACAGUACUGAUGAUGCUGCACUGCAGUCUCACUUCAUGAAAGAAGAUGGAACUCUAAAUUACAGAUUACUAACAUUAUCUAACAACUUUUCCCCAGAUGCCUAAAACCUGAAGAUGAAAUAGAUUAACUAUGGUGGUUAAAGCAUCUUGUACUGGAGACUCUUGUCAGCAUCUCUGCUGACAGCCAUUGACUGACACUUAUGGUCACAGGUUUGCGAACAGCUGAUCCAACACUAGAAACACUUGAUGUCAAAUUUGGCAGCUAAAAGAAGUGAGAUUUGUGCAUCACAGUUGAAGUUGCAUGUCUUUUCCUGACUAAAUGCUGAAAUAUGGAAAGCAAACAAGCUGUUUAUCCCUUUUUUAAAAAACAUAAGCUGCACAGAUUAUCUUGUAAACAGUUUGGUUUGGACUCUUCUGCUUGUACUGCUCUGAGACAGCAAUUAUGUACAUCUACUUCUCAGCAAGGCCGUUCAUGUUGUGUUAUAUAGCAGUGAGACUGGACUUUGUCUCAGUGCAGAAAUAGAAGUCAUGACUUUGAAGAUGUGUCUUAAGAGGAGAACACUUGAGAGUUGCUGCUCUGUCUGUAAUGCAGAAAAAUGUAGGUGUCAAAAACACGUCCCUUUAAUAACAUUGGGGUUUUCUAAAUGGCUGCAUUUCAUUGAAAAUUGUAACGGCUCUGGUAAUACACAGUUUAAGUUCCACUCUAAGCUUAUAGUGAGAAAAGCAUUAUAUCACUGUUGUCCUGUAAGUCGUAGUAACAGACCUGUAGUUAUUUAUUUGUUGCCAUGUGAUUCUCUUCAUGUGACCAUUUGUUUAUAAGAUGAAAGAAAACUCAAUUAAAUUGAAUGUGGAAGACAUUUUUCUCUCCACAGUCUUGAUUUGCAGAAGACGCUGAUUAAAAAAAGUUGUCUAAUAUCAUUUUACGACAUCACAGCAUGUUGCUGUGGACGUGCACAAUGUUUCAACCCUGUUGUAUAUUGUCUUUGCUAUCGUUUCUAUUUUGUAAUCUGUAUUUCCAAAUGCAAAUUUAAAAGAUUAUUUUGGAUAUGUGCAUGCUUGUGAAAUGUUCAGAAUGUUGAUUUCCACUAAAAACUCUUGAGUUUGAAAAAAAGUCACGUCUGUUACUUAAAUGUUUAGCCAUAUGUAGCAUAUUUUAUGCAUUCGAUACAAAAGACGAGGCUCCCUGGUCAAGAUUUCCGUUACUGUGAGAUGUGAGAGUAAAUCGUAUGCUACAUCAGACAUAACGCUUUUUAAAAAACGUCAAGAUAUAUAUUUUUUACAGAUUCAGGUGAAAACAAAAGACACCUAAUGCUUUUCUUUAGCCAUCUUAAAGGUUUUUAAGUCUAUCAGAGGGCUUUCAUUUAUUUUUUCAGCAAAAUACUUCUACACCCCAAAGAUUCUUGGUGCAUUUUUCAUUUGCUGCUUUUUUGAAGUGUAUAUGUAGAUAUUUGAGGAUGUUUAGUCUGUAGAUUAGUUGAAGCCAAAACCUUCUGCUUGAACCUUUUCAGGUUAAAUAUUGUUGUCCCUGAGCUGUGUUUAAGAUCAAUAACCUGUUUUAGAAACUAUACAUUUUUUUUCUUUCUCAGCUUUUUACUGUGUAAUGUUUGCUUAUAGCUGCUAUUCUAAACCCAUUCUUCGCUCCAUAGGUAAAAUGUUUCCAGUGCUACUGGCUGCAACACAAGUCCAAAGCAUGAUCAAUCCACACCAGUGCUUAACAGUUAGACAUUUUUCAUGAAGUUUUCCAGCCCUAAAGUUGUCUUCUAACUUCAUCUAUCCCUAGGAAUACACACUGCUCAAAAAAUUAAAGGGAACGCUAAAAUAACACAUCCUA